CCCAUCCUUCACUCCUCUUCACUCCACUUCUGUUUCCAUUAUUCUUGAUCGGAAUAGAGAGAUGGAGAAGCCGACGGAGAUCAGCAGUUCGAAGAUGUUCGGCGGAUACAACAAGCGUUAUAAGCACUUCAGCCCGACACUGGGCUGCUCCAUGAUCUUCUCCAUCUACUUCCCCCUUUCUCCCCCCUCCCAAAAAAUUCCGGUUAUCUUUUGGCUCUCUGGCCUUACAUGUACAGAUGAGAAUUUUAUCACUAAAUCUGGAGCCCAGCGUGCAGCUUCCAGUGAUGGUAUUGCUUUAGUUGCUCCAGAUACAUCUCCAAGAGGGCUAAAUAUUGAAGGAGAGGCAGACAGCUGGGACUUUGGUGUAGGAGCUGGAUUCUAUCUAAAUGCCACUGAGCAGAAAUGGAAAAAUUGGCGUAUGUAUGACUAUGUUGUCAAGGAGUUACCAAAAGUUUUAAGCGAAAAUUUUGAGCAGCUCGACAUGUCACGGGUAUCCAUUUCUGGGCAUUCAAUGGGUGGCCAUGGAGCGUUGACGAUCUACUUGAAAAACCCUGGCAAGUACAAGUCAGUAUCUGCUUUUUCACCAAUUACCAAUCCCAUGAACUGCCCUUGGGGUCAGAAGGCUUUCUCAAACUAUUUGGGCAGCAAUAAAUCAGACUGGGAGCAAUAUGAUGCCACCUGCCUGAUUAGAAAGUGCAACAAAAUUUCAGUUCCAAUCCUAAUUGAUCAGGGGGAGGAUGACAAAUUCCUACAUGAUCAGCUUCUGCCCCGCAACUUUGAGGAGGCCUGCAAGAGCGUAAAUGCUCCACUGAUUCUCCGACUGCAACCUGGCUAUGACCAUUCGUACUACUUCAUCGCAACCUUCAUUGACGAUCACAUUCACCACCAUGCCCAAGCUCUUAAAUGACCAUCAGUCCAUAAUCACAAAGUUCUCCCUAUACCUUACAAUCCCUUGUGGGAAUGUGGAGGAUGUAGUCGUGGUGAUCUGUCUUAUUUGUUUGAUGACUACCCUUUUUCUAAUUAUCUAGUUACCAUGAACCUGAAGUUCUAUCUUGUAUUAGUUUGCUGUAUUCUCUUCUUUCUGUGUGUUUAGGACAUGUAUCAGAGUGCAAAUUGAGGAAGUUUUUCAACCGAGCUCUGUAUCUGCUUGUGUUAAAGCAGGCUAAUUUGUUCCUUAAAUUCUUAUUCUGCUGAGACAAUAUGGAAAUGUUAAAAAAUAAUGGCCGUCAACAGGACCAGAUCUGCGGUCACCUUGAAUACAAG